AUGCGCCGGCAACGACGGCGGGACGGCGUUUUGCCCAAGCCUUCCCCCGCGGGUGUCGGGCAAGGAAAGGUUAGGUCGGAAUCAGUCUCACACAUGCUGCACAGCAAGAACAACGGAGCAGGGGGGUAA